AUGGGAAAGAAAGGUCUUCCAGCAUAUAUGAUGUUCUCUCUUACUGUACUAAUUCUAAUUUGUAACGGUGACGGGUUAUCUACUGGUAGGGGGGAUUCUCUUUCCCUGGGCGCCUCGCUUAUCGGAAAUCAGACAUUAAUUUCAAAGAAUGGAACGUUUGAAUUGGGAUUUUUCAGCCCAAACGGAAGCAAUAACUGGUAUAUCGGCAUCUGGUAUGCCAACAUAUUAGAGGAGAUCAUCGUUUGGGUGGCUAAUAGGCAGAGCCCAGCAGUAAAGAAGCCUGGCGUUCUGAAGCUGUCCGAAAAAGGUAAUCUGGGAUUGUUUGAUGCAGAGGGCACGUCUCUUUGGUCGGUCAACAUAUCCUACAAAGGCUCGCAGGCUGUGCUAUUAGAUUCUGGUAAUUUUAUAAUGCUAAGCAAUGACAAUAAAUCUGAUAUUGUUUGGCAGAGUUUUGACUAUCCUGUAGAUAGCUGGUUGCCCGGGAUGAGGUUCGGUGGACAGCAAAAGCUAGUCGGUUGGAAAAACUCAAUGGAUCCCGCUCCUGGCCUUUUCUCCUUUCAGUUGGAUCCAUCUGGAGCUACACGAUUCGUGCUAAAAUGGAACGAUUCUGUCCAGUAUUGGGAGAGCGGAACUUGGGACGGCCAUUUUUUCAGUGCUGUUCCAGAACUAAUAAACGGAGACUACUUCAACGCCACCAUCAAAAAUACUAGUUCUGGUUUGUAUUUCAGUUAUAAAUUGUUGAAAGGGAUCUCACGUUUUCUCCAAAUCAAGUCCGGAGGAAUACAAGAAUAUGCUUUGUUUGAUGCCACUAAACGGACCCUAGUGGCAACUCAUCCUAGAGAUCAAUGUGCCGUAUAUGGUCUCUGUGGCGCUUACGGAAGCUGCAACUCAAACAAUCUUCAGUUCUGCACAUGCGUGGAAGGAUUUGCCCCGGCAGACAAUCGCGCCUGGAAUUCGCAAGACUGGUGGUCAAGUGGCUGCAUUCGACAGACCCCAUUAAACUGCGGUACCAGAAAAGGCAGCACAAACGAAUUUAUUGACCCUGGUGUAAUGUUGCCUGAUGAUUCAGCUUCGUCCUACCCUGCACACACAAAGAAAGAUUGCAAGAAAGCCUGUCUCAGCAACUGCUCGUGCACUGCGUUUGCUUUCAAUUCUCCUUCCGGUGCCUGUCAAAUCUGGUUUGGAGAUUUUCUAAACAUGCAUAACCCUCCAUCAAAUAGUAGAUCUACUGUCUCCAUUCGAGUAGCUGCUUCUGCACUUCCAAAGCAUCAAAAUAUUUCCUCCAACCUCAAAGCCAUAACCAUUGCGAGCGUUCUCGCCCUCGCUUUGAGUGUCUUUUCAUUCUUAAUGUGGCAAAGGUAUCGGCUACGACCACCAAUAGAGAUGUGUACGGAUUCCUCGGACUCUUUUCUUAGAAUGUUUAGUUACAUGGAGUUGAAGAUUGCAACAAGGAAUUUCAGGUUUAAGUUGGGGAGCGGUGGAUCCGGCUCAGUGUUCAAAGGAUGCCUGAUAGACGGUACGCUCGUGGCAGUAAAGAAACUUGAAGGUUCAAGACAACAUGAGAAGGAAUUCCGAGCGGAAAUCAGUUGUCUUGGCAACAUACAACAUGCAAAUUUGAUCAGGCUUCGAGGGUUUUGUGCAGAAGGAUCCAGAAGAUUACUGGUUUAUGAGUAUAUGCCCAAUGGCUCUCUAAAUUGCUUACUGUUCAGCAGUAAUUCUAAAACUAAACAGAAUGUACUAGACUGGAAGACCCGAUUCCAGAUCGCUUUAGGCACUGCACGAGGUCUAGUUUAUCUCCAUGAGAAAUGCAGAGACCGGAUCAUUCAUGGCGAUGUAAAGCCUGAGAACAUUCUUCUGGAUGGUAAUUUCUCACCGAGGUUGGCAGACUUUGGGUUGGCAAAGCUUGUUGGUAGAGAUUUUAGCCGCGUAUUGACCACAACGAGAGGAACGAGAGGUUAUUUGGCACCAGAGUGGAUCUCCGGUCUUCCCAUCACUCCCAAAGUUGAUGCGUACAGUUUUGGUAUAACGCUCUUGGAAAUCAUUUCCGGGCGAAGAAGUAUAGAUUUAAACGUGCAAGAUUCAAGUCAGUACUACUUUCCUGCAUGGGCUGCAACUCAAAUUUACGAGGGCAAGAUGAUUAAUAUUGUGGAGGAAGGUGUUGCAGUGGAGGCAGAUAUUGGAGAGUUGACAAGAGCUAUUGUUAUUGGAUUUUUAUACAUCGAAAGGGAGGAGGAGAUGAGGCCAAGCAUGGAACAAGUGGUGCGGAUGCUAGAAGGGAAGAUGCAUUUUAAAAUGUAG